AUGAACCGUGUGCAAGAGUUGAAACCUCCAUUGCUGAUGGUGCUGGUGCAGGUUGCAUAUGCUGGAAAUAUUGUGAUUGUUAGCUUCGCCAUAAGUGAUGGAAUGAGCGUUAGAGUAUUCAGUGCCUACCGUCUCAUUUUCGGAGCUGCUAUCACUUUAUUUCUUGCUCUUAUUUUCGAGAGAAAUAACAGACCAAAGUUGAGAUGGAGGGUGCUCGUGAUGACAUUUCUUUGCGGAUUAUUUGGUGGGAGUUUAUUCCAAAAUCUUUUUAACACCGCGAUAGCGUUCGUAUCAGCAACAUAUGCUAACGCUGUAUUCAACAUGGUUCCUAUUGUCACUUUCAUCCUCUCCUUCCUGUGUGGCUUCGAAGAGUUAAAUUUGCAAAGCGCAGCAGGGAAAGCUAAGAUGAUGGGAACGAUAAUUGCAGUUAGCGGGUCGAUGGUGCUGUCAUUCUUGAAAGGGGUAGAAAUAAAUAUUUGGAAGAAUAUUGACAUUAAUCUUAUGCAUAAAAACCACAUUAGCCAGAUAAGAGCAUCAGAUGGAAAAGAGUGGAUAGGUGUUCUAAGUGGUAUUGGAUGUUGUUUCAGUUUUUCAGCAUGGCUCAUCAUUCAGGCUAAGCUGAGUAAGGAAUAUCCAAGCCACCACUUAAGUACAUCGUUAAUGAAUUCAAUGGCGGCACUACAAGCCACACUCUUUGCCCUUUGUUUUGAAAAAGAUUGGAAUCAAUGGAAGUUGCCUUCGGCUAUUAGGAUUUUGUCCGCACUCUAUUCGGGAAUUGUGGUGACUGUAUUUGGGAAUAUUGUGACUUCAUGGUGUGUACGGAAGAGAGGUCCCUUGUAUGCAUCUGUGUUCAACCCCCUUUCCCUUGUGAUCGUGGCUCCUACUGCUUCCCUCUUGUUACAAAACAAACUAUACCUUGGAACUGUAGUUGGCGCAGCGCUAAUUGUGUGUGGGUUGUACAUGGUGCUGUGGGGUAAAAGCAAAGAAAUGAAACCACCAACUGAUUUGGUGUCAUCGGAGACAGAAUUAAGAAGGACUGAGGUUGUUGUCGUGUCUGCCAACGAUAAGAAUGAGCAUGUUAGUAAUAAGCAGGUGAAUAGUAUAAGAGCAACACUGUAA